AUGGAACGCAAGCAGCGCUACGGCAGCAUCCCGCUCUGGGAGCUCAGCAACCUCGGGACGUGGCGAUCGCUCAACGGCGCCGUCGACGCAGACCCGGCGCCGGCGACGACGACGACGGCCGAGCCGCCGGUCGUGCGUGCCCACCUUGACGUCCGUGGCCUCACCUGCGGCACGUGCCGCCUCGAGUUUGAGGACGUCAAGGAGCAGCAAGCGCACUUCAAGACCGAUCUGCAUGUGUACAACUUGAAGCGCAAGUCCAAGGGCCUCGACUGCGUGACGCUAGCCGCCUACGACGCCUUUGUGGCGUCCCAAGCCACCACGUCGACGACGCCAUUGGCGGCCGACAGCGACGAGGACGAGGCGCAGGAUGUGUACCGGCAUCCUCUGGACCUCUCAAUCUCGAGCGACGAGAACGACAGCGACGAUGAAGGCAGCGACGCCAACCUGCAGCGCGAGCCGCUGCAAGCGUUCACGGACAACACGACGCUCUUCAAGAUCUACAACGCGUCGUUUCCGCAGUGGUCGGAGAAGGACAAAGCGACCUUCCAAGCGAGUACCGACAUGGUGCAAUGCUUCUCAACGGACCCUACGUACUACCAAUGGGCAGUCUUCCUCUUCCGCGCAGGUCGGUUUGCCGGCGCCGUCUUCCAGAAGGACAAGGUGCUCGUGCACAAGGCUUUCCAGCGCUACACGACGCGCCGGAAGCAAGGCGGGAGCCAGUCGGCGCACGACGCCGCCGGCGGCAAGGCCAAGUCGGCGGGGGCGCAGCUGCGUCGGUACAACGAGAUGGCGCUCCAGCAGGACAUUUCGGAGCUCCUCACGCUCUGGAAGACGGAGCUCCAAGGCUGCAAGCGCAUCUUUCUUGGGUCGGCCAAGACGUCGCGCGGUCUCUUCUUUGAAAAGACGGGUUUGCAAGCCGAUGACCCUCGCAUCCGCAAGGUCCCGUUCGGUACGCUGCGGCCAACGUACGACGAGGUCUGCCGCGUGCGCUCGGUCCUCGGCAGUGCCUCCUACGGGCCAUUUGUCGCCUCCGUGUACGAGCCCAAGCCCAUGGCGGCCAAAACACCGAAACAGAAAAAGGCUGUCAUGCGGUCGGUGGACGCUGCGUCGCGGACAAUGGAAUGUUCCUCGCACGUUCGAAUGGCGGUCUGCGGUUUGACGCCGACCACGGUCGCUCGGGCCAGAGCUCGCGAGCAGCAGCCCGCGACGAUCGCCCUCUGGGACCUCCGCCGUCUCGAAUGGCAACCUCUGGGCAAAAUCGAUGCGCCUGCCGAUGCAAAGCUGUCACCCGGCGCCAUCGUGGAGCCGAGCGUCCGGGGCCGAGCGUGCGCAGCCUGCGGCCUCGUGUUUGAUGACGUGGCAGCUCAGCAAGCCCACUUCAAGACGGCAUGGCACACGGCCAAUGUCCGACGCCGCGCGCGCGGACGCGCGUCGGUCACCGGCACCAGCUUUGAGGCAAACGGCGAGGCGUCGGAUGACAGCGACGGCAGCGACGACAAUGACGCGGUCGUUCGUCGCUGUCCCACGACAACCUUUACCAACGGUUCGUCGCACGUGACGAUGUACAAUACUGUCUUUAGCGCGUACGACCGGAAAGACAAGACGCCGUUUCUGGCGACGCCAUCGAUGCUGAUGGGCAUGCGCUAUCACUGGGCUGUGCUGCUCUUCCGCGCCGGGCGGUUUGCCGGUGCCGUCUUCCAGUGUGACGCGCUCGUCGUGUCCAAGACCUUGCAGCGGUACACGGUGCGGCGCAAGCAAGGCGGUAGCCAGUCGGCUCACGGCGGGUGCGCGUCGACACAAGGUGCGAUCCUCCGCCUCUACAACGAGCGCCGCCUCCAAGAAGAGAUCUCGACGCGACUGUGCGACUGGAAGCGUGACCUCGACGCCUGCGAACGCAUUUUCCUCGGCUGUGCCAAGCGCAACCGCAAGGUCUUCUUCAACAAGACGGGCCUGACACCGCGUACAUAUACGGUGAUGGUAGCAUGGGACCUCAUGCGUAUGACGUAG